AUUUGCAUAAAAAAUCAUAAUGUAAAAACAACAAUGGCGGAGAUGCGAUUUGUGCAGACGGUUUAAUGUUUGUACUCGGAUAAAUAAGACUUUUUGUAUUACGCCAUGGAACUGGCUAAGUCAGUGUUUGGCUCAAGAAAUCCGGAUGGAUAUAGCAGUAAAGCUACAACUGUUGAGACAUUGUCAGAAGAUGAAGACGACUUGGUGGCUGGACACGUAGAAAACGUCAGUGUCUCCACUGGUCAGUACGCAAGUUCAUCUGACUUUGUUCCCACCCCUGGGGGGCCAUUCUCAGCAUUGACUCCAUCUAUGUGGCCAGAAGAUAUACUAGCAAAGUUAGGAAAUCCACCAGAAGAUCCCAAUGGCCAGCUUGAUUACAGAUAUGAUGAGUUUGGAUUUAAAGUAGAGGAGGAAGAUGGUCCUGAAGAGAAUUCAAGUAAACUUCUGAGUACUCCUUUUGUGGAAGACCCUCAGCAUCGCUUGAAGUGGACAGCAUACUUAGAGUUCACACAUAACAAUGAAGUGGGGGAUUUGACAUGGGACAAGGUUGAACCCAGACUGCCCAGAUCUGAGAAGUUGCGAGGGAUGGUGAAGCAGGGGAUUCCCCAUUCCCUCCGCCCACACAUCUGGAUGAGGCUAUCAGGAGGAAUGGAGAAGAAACUCAAGUCUGACCUGACUUACAAAGACAUCGUCAAGGCCAGCUCUAAUGACCUACUUAUGACAUCAAAACAGAUUGAGAAGGACCUACUAAGAACAAUGCCAAGCAAUGCUUGCUUCUGUAAUAUCCAUGGAACUGGGGUUCCGAGGCUUAGGAGGAUACUGAGGGGUCUGGCCUGGCUGUAUCCAGACAUCGGCUACUGUCAGGGCACUGGAGUAAUUGCGGGCUCCCUGCUGCUGUUUAUGGAGGAGGAGGACACGUUCUGGAUGAUGUGUGCCAUCAUUGAGGACCUACUGCCGGCCUCUUACUACUCCAGUACUUUGAUUGGGAUUCAGGCGGAUCAGAGGGUGAUGAGGCAGUUGAUAAUAAGCUACUUACCAGACAUAGACCUUGUGCUGAAGGAACAUGAUAUAGAGCUCUCCCUGAUCAGCCUGCACUGGUUCCUCACUAUAUUCGCCAGUGUGGUUCACAUGAAGGUGCUCCUCAGGAUCUGGGAUCUAUUUUUCUAUGAGGGUUCCACCGUCCUCUUCCAAAUCACAAUGGGCAUGCUUAAGAUGAAGGAAGAAGAGUUGCGUACCCUUGACAACUCAGCUCAGAUCUUUAAUUCCCUGUCAGAUGUGCCAGGUGAUGUUCAGGAUGUAGAGGAACUAAUUGAGGUCUCAUACCGAGUGGCUGGCUCGCUCACAGAUAUGGUGAUAGAAUCUCAGAGAAGGAAACACUUAGCCUACUUAAUGGCAGACCAAGGUGCAAUAGUUAACCCAGACUCAGCAAAGAACCUGCCCAAACAGCAAUUAAACAAAAGGCAUUUGAAAAGAUCCCGCUCCUUAGUGUCAACUUUACUUUGGGGAGAGAUGGAAGAAGAUGACUUUGGUAAAGCUAAAAAUAUACGCCAAACAGAAAUUCUUGUGGACCUGAGGGAGGCCAUAUUGAAAAUAGCCCGCCAUUUCCAGUCCCUGGACCCCAAGAAUAAUAAAGUGAUAUUAACAGCAGACUAUGCAAUGGAAAGUCAUGCCAGGGAUCUAGAGAACUAUCUAAAUGUGGCAAGGAACAAGAGGAGGAGAGCGAAGGCAUUGCUCGACUUCGAGAGGCAUGAUGAUGAUGAGUUAGGCUUCAGAAAGAAUGACAUCAUUACAAUCAUAUCUCAGAAGGAUGAGCACUGUUGGGUGGGGGAGCUGAAUGGGUUGAGAGGCUGGUUCCCUGCCAAGUUUGUGGAGUUGCUGGAUGAAAGAAGUAAGCACUACAGCUCUGCUGGAGACGACAGUGUCACAGAGACGAUUACAGACCUGGUCAGGGGAACAUUAUGUCCAGCAUUGAAGGCUGUGUUUGAGCAUGGGUUGAAGAGGUCAUCUAUUCUAGGGACCCCCUGUCAUCCUUGGUUGUUUUUAGAGGAGGCAGCAACCAAGGAAGUGGAGAAGGACUUCCAGUCUGUGUACUCCAGACUAGUGUUGUGUAAAACCUACAGACUUGAUGAAGAUGGCAAAGUACUUACACCAGAAGAGAUUUUAUACAGGGCUGUCCAUGCUGUAAAUGUGUCACAUGAUGCUUGCCAUGCUCAGAUGGAUGUCAAGUUCCGGUCACUCAUUUGUUGUGGCCUUAAUGAGCAGGUACUACAUCUGUGGCUGGAGACUCUGUGUUCUGGUCUGGACAUCGUAGAGAAGUGGUAUCACCCCUGGUCAUUCAUGCGUAGUCCAGGCUGGGUACAAAUCAAAUGUGAACUAAGGCUUUUAUCCCAGUUUUCAUUCAAGCUCUCGAGAGACUGGGAAAUCCCUCAACAGACUAAAGAGUCCUACAAGCCUUUAAAGGAAGGAGUCAAGGAUAUGUUAGUUAAACAUCAUCUGUUCAGUUGGGAUCUUUAAUUCCAUCAGUUAGAAUCUGUUAGACAAAGGUGUAGGAAGGGAUGUUUUCAUUUGUUUGGUUCAGAAUUCACAUAUAUUUAACUUUCUUACAUUCUGUUACCUUGUAAGUUGUGAUAUUGUUAUCUUAACUUUAGUUUCUGUGUUUAGUUAAUUUGCAGAUUUAUUAAUGUGAAUUUACUGAUAAUUGAAAUCAAGUUAAUAAUGUGGCUUAGUUACUUUUUCAAAGGAGACUAAAAUACAAUCACGUUUGUUUCCACUAUGUUUGAUUUAUAAAGAUUUUUGUUGUGCUUAGUUUGUUUAGGAGUCCACUAUGAUUUGUUAAAGAAGAUGAUAACUGUGAAUCAAUGAAAUGGAAGUCGCCUUUGAUUGCUUAGUGUGGAAGUCCAUUGUGAUUGGUUAGUUUGAAAGUCCAUUAUGAUUGGUUAGUUUGGAAGUCCAUUAUGAUUGGUUAAGUGGAAGUCGACUAUGAUUGGCUAGUUUUGAAGUCCACCUCUCUUGGUUAAUGCCGGAGUUUUCUGUGAUUGGUUAGAACUGAAAUCCAAUCUUCUUGGUGGUUGAUGUCAUAGUUGGAUUAAUUGUAAGUUUAGUGGAAUUUGUUUCCAGUUCAGAUCUUUUAAAAAGAUGUUAAGUUUUAGAGGUUCCAUAAAUGAGUCGUAUUCUUUUCAUCUUAAAUGUCCUUCUUCUUACCCCCAGCAAUUUACAUGUAUAUGUAAUCACAGCCUUGGUAUAGUGUGUGUUGCUCUCUGUGUCCCUGUGUACUGCCCUUCCCUCCAUGGACACUCAAGGUUGUGAGUUUAUUAUUCAGUACAAAGAGGGAUAUUGACUCCAGGUUAACGGAUCUACAACAGAGUUGAAGGCUUCUCAACAGCUAUGGGUUAUAUGUCUGUGAUAUGUGAUAAAUACGUUUACAGAUUUAUUUCUGUAACUCUAGUUGAUUAUUGCACCCCUCAAAACUACUUUAUUAUAUUUAUGAAAUACUUCAUGAAAUUAUUUAAUAAUUAUGCUCUUCGUAAAGAUCAGUGGACAAUCAUUACCCCACAUAUAUGUUUUGACGUGCAAUAAAAUAUAACCUACUGUUA